AUGGAUCGACUCAAGAGGUUUCUCCGGCACGAGCUCUAUGAGCCUGCAGUCAGGAUGAGCGCGACUGAGCUGGGAAUUUCUCUGAGCGCAGGGGGAUGGGGAGGGCUCUUUCCCAUUCCUGGUGCAACGACCAUCGCUGUGUUCUUCCUCCUCCUCCUCCUUCGGACAAGAUUCACCGUGACUCCAGUUGUCUCAGCCUUGUCCGUGGCGAUCAACCUGCUCUUGACACCUAUCCAGCUUAUGCUGAUCCCUCUCUUCAUGCUUCCCUUCUCGCAAUGCUCUCCGUCUUCCUUCCUUGCUCAGGUGCACGAGCUCCCUCUCCUCGUCCUCGUCGUUGAGUUCGGCCAGUGCCUGGCUGGCUCCGUGCUGGUCUGGACAGCAGCGGCUCCUGUUGCCAUGGCAGCGCUCUUCUGUUGUGCGGCGGUAGGGACGCGAGCGAUGCGUUGGAUGAACAAGGGGAAGUUCGAAGCCGAGAGAUGA